GAUGAUCGCGUUCGUAAUACGAUUAGCUAUUCAUUUUGCGUUCGCUGUUUAAUUUGUCAUAAAUGUGUGCGCAAUUGGUGGCGUUCCGUUUCAUUUUAUUACCUACGUUAAGUUUUAAAAAACAUGGAUGUACAUGAAAUAAUAUUAACAUUUAAAUGACAGCAAUUGUAAAUUUCAAGUUCAAGUAUGAGCAGGACAAACAUGGCAAUCUUGACGCUGUUGUGUUUUGUAGUCAUUGUGUUGGAGAAGUUUUCGCUAGGACAGAAGAGCUCGGAGUAUCAGUUUUCGCACAUAGCCAUGGAGAUUCCCGAACAUAUGGGACGGAGGACCGUCCGCAAUAAACAGCUCCUCGUUCCCCACCUUUACGAGAAUGACGUGAUCAAGGCGAGUUUUUGCUUGGAGCAUAAGACGACUUUUGAGAUCUCCAACAUCACAUACUCUAAUGACGGCAGAGAGGACUCAGUCGAGGUUCACUUGGAUGGAGACCUGUUUGGAAAGUUUACAAGUCACGGCAUGUCAGACUGGGGAAAACUCUGGGAUGUCUCGCAAACGACAGGCACGAUCGGACGCACAGGUAUGCUCGACCCGGGCAAGCAUAACAUCACAAUCAAAGUUGUAAACUCGGUGGACUGUCACGGCAUUGAGUUGUGGAGUAUGGCGAUCAGUGUGUACAUACCUGUUGACCCAUCUACUUUCUGGUGCGGAACAGGACAUGAACUGAGGCCUAAGAAGUGGGAUUGUAUGAGCGAGGAGGAGCGACAGUCAGCAGCAGCUGCGACCCUCCCAUCAGUCACGCCCAACACGCAAAUCACAACGUCAACUAUCACAACGGAACCGCCCAACUACGUUACCGUAACGCAGCAAAGUUUUACCUCAGACUGCCUUGACAAGAAGAACGUUCACGUUUUAUUUACAACGCACCUGUUGGAUGGGACGAGCAUCACCGCACAACAAGAGGCCUCUGGUUCAUUUUCGGCACCAUCAACAGUCGAAACAGCUUUUGCACCUCGUUAUUGCGAUAGCGAUUUAUGGCAGAUCGGGACAAUUGAUGAAAACAAUGCAGAGUUUGCAUCUAUUUACCAAGGCAAACUAUUAAAGAUUAAUAUUACAAAUGCUUUUAAGCCCGAAACAUUGUUUCCUGCAAAAUUACUGCCAUUCGUCACCACAGACAUUAUGCUUCACUUUACAAUGCCGACAGAAAUAAAAAUGGAAAAGGGAUCAGCAUAUUUUGCCUUGGGUCUAUUUAAUUUGACCAAAAAUGUGAAUAUUGGUCUACGAUAUUUUGACCAUUCGAAAAGCGCUUUCACAGAUUUCCACGUGAUGACAUUCACCCCAAGGUACCAAGUAAUGGGCUGGAACAUACAUCAUCUGGGUGAAUCUUAUAUCCGGGAAAACACAUUCCAUCUCCACUUUGAGACUGAGGCAAACAUGAUUAUGUUUGACUUUCUGAAACUGCAAUAUAACAAACGCGAUGAACGCAAAUUGAACACAGUUAUUGCUAGAGAAGGACACUUGAAGGUCCGAGGUCUACGGUAUGCUGACUCUAAAGGAAUGGAAAUAUAUGUCAACGGAAUAAAGGGCGCUGACAAUAUGGAAGAGGCGCUUCUGUUGUACCAGACGGGUGUAUUUAGCCGUUACGAGACAGUGGUUCGUAUUCAUGAAAGCGGAAUUAUCUACCCCUACAAGACAUAUCUUGUGAACAUUAGCGAUGCGCACCGCCUUCUUAUUGAUGUAUCUGGGUUCCGAGUUUCUCACGGUUCAGAUCCAACAGUGGCCCUGCCCCCACAGCCUGUCAAAUCAGUUCACGUUGAUACAGUCAUUGACGAAAUUGCCAUUACAUAUUAUGAUGGAUCGGUGUUGUACAUUAGCGUUACAGUCAAUGCAUUUGCAACAAAAUUACAGAUUAUUAGGUUCGACACGGGCAAAGAACAAAGGCAACACCAUCUGUUGUUUACUUCUACAAAGGCUAGCAGUCAGUACGCUGCAGUCAAUACAAUUUCAACGCCUGCAAUGACGAAAGACAUACUUGAGAAUUUAGAUGAGCUUAAUGGACAGUUUGACUUUACAUUUCGACGUAGGACUGAUAACUUGUACUACGCAAAUAAUGCAAUAAACGUGCAUUUUCCACACUAACAACUUUUAAACGUUUCAUUUCUCAAGUCGAAUGGGGACAAACGUGUUCAUGAUGCCAAUAUGGAAACACUGGGGAUCAAAAACUGUAACAAUAAUAAGGUGUUAACAUCAGAGUUAUAAGAACAUUAUUUAUGUAUGUUUUUGUUUAACGUGUGUAGUUAGCUAGCGUCACAGUUGAUAUUGAUAUUAAAUUUGUAAGCUAU